AAUUGUGAUGUCGUGAACGGCCAGUGCAGUAAGGACAGCGUUACUGGAGUGGCGUCCUGUGUGUGCAACUCGGGUUUCCUGCUGCAGCCGGAUGGCAAGACGUGCAACCCACCUGUGAAGAUCGAAGAUCCUGCACCCGUUCGGCUUCCUGCACCUGGAACCCCGACAACAACCUCAUCCGCGUGCACUCCGGCAUGUGAUCCGGAUCUGUCAUACUGCGAGCUUGCGCCCAUCGGUGCAGUUUGUGUUUGCAUGCCCGGCCUCCCAAUCGAUAUGGUCAGGGCUAUCGGCUGUAUUG